AUGGUUGGUAUGAGCGAAACCAUUCGCAUGUCACCAUUUGGACAGCCUAAGAGAGCAACCUCAAGCCAAAAUAGGGAGAACCCCUCGACUUUACCAGUGCCGGCUGUACCCGGAGUGGAACCCCAUUCUUUAGAGGAUCUGCAACAAGCGCAAGCUACGUCGCCGUAUCUAAAAUCCUAUCAAUUGGACCAAACACCAGAGCCCCAACAAAUGGGACCCCCUGCUACAACAGAUAGUGAGAAUGGCUCGUUAAUGGCCGAUAAUGAGAGUGUCAAGAGCGACUUCCACGACGAGGAAGACAUUGAAGACUACACGCAAGGCGGCUAUCACCCGGUCGAGAUUGGAGAAAGAUUCAAAAACGGACGCUAUGAGGUGGUUCGAAAAUUGGGCUGGGGUCACUUUAGCACCGUUUGGUUAGCAAAAGACCACCAUAAUAACAAGCGCCAUGUUGCUCUCAAAGUCGUCCGCGCUGCUCCACACUAUACAGAGACGGCUGACGACGAAAUUCGACUUCUAAAUCGCAUAAACGAAGCAGAUCCUAGCCAUCCGGGCCGCCGCUUUGUCGUUAGCCUCUACGAUUCCUUCCAACAUCAUGGACCAAACGGCGUACACGUGUGCAUGGUGUUUGAGGUUCUGGGCGAGAACCUGCUGAGUUUGGUGAAACGAUACAGUCACAAGGGGGUCCCGCCCCAAUUAGUGAAGCAGAUCACCAAGCAGGUUCUGCUAGGUCUUGACUAUCUUCACCGCAAAUGCGGAAUCAUCCAUACCGACCUCAAACCGGAAAACGUUUUAAUCCAAGUCCAGGAUGUCGAGGAGCAAUUGAGAGACCUGGAAAUCGCAGAGUCUGCGAAACCUGAAAUUUCCGAAUCUUUCGACAGUGCGGUCAGCUCACCCAUGUCUAGCCCCAAAACUGCUCCAGUUACCAGCAAGCUUGACAGCAACCAUGUUCCCUCUGAUAAUCGCCGAGCCGUACGCAAGAGCUCCAUCAUGUAUAGCGAGCCUUUGCCCUAUCGUGCCCGUUCGCUACCGUACAUCUAUGGAAGUCAAGACGAGCAGGAGGAAUCGGAAGAUAGCUCCAGUGAUUUGAGACGGGCGUCUGAUUUUGUUUUGAAACCUGCUACCAAAAUGCCCUCAACAGAAAGCAGCUACUCAUCGAGCUCUAGCACCCCUAAAACCAAAAAACCGUACAACUUGACGGCUGUGGCCACAGCGUCGUCCAUGUCCUUGAACAGAUCUCCGUCGCCUACGGUUCCUGAAGUAGCCGAUACCCCAGGACCCCAGAAGCGCGAGUCGGAUUCCAUACCAACCGUUGAUCGACUGCAGCCUGCACACGAGUUUUCAAACGAAUGGGGUGAUGAGGAGACCUGCCUGAUCACCGUGAAGAUUGCUGAUCUCGGUAACGCUUGCUGGGUCGACCGGCACUUUACAGAUGAUAUCCAGACGAGGCAAUACCGGGCGCCGGAGGUUCUCUUGGGAUCUACUUGGGGGGCCAGCGUAGAUAUUUGGAGUAUGGCAUGCUUGACAUUUGAGCUUAUCACCGGCGACUACCUGUUUGAGCCCCAGAAUGGGCAGUAUUAUACAAAGGACGAUGACCAUAUCGCCCAAAUUAUCGAGCUCCUUGGCCGAAUCCCCAUCUCGGUGCUGCUCACCGGUCGUAACACCAGCCAACUGUUUAAUCGUUACGGCCAGCUGCGCAACAUUCAUCAGCUUAGAGAAUGGGGGCUUUAUGACGUUCUUAUUGAAAAGUACCAUUUCGAUGGACGGGAUGCAAAGCAGUUGAGUGACUUCUUAUUACCCAUGCUUUGUUUAAACCCUCGUAAUCGCAUUGAUGCUGGAACUAUAGCCAAUGAUCCCUGGCUUUCGGGAGCGUUGGGACUCGAAAAUAUUAAGCUUGACCACCAAGCCGGCCCGGAAUCCAUUCCUGGCUGGACGUCUGAGGUGUCUCACGUCAGUACAUAG